AUGUUUGUUUAUUCCUUCUUCCUCCAUAGGCCACCACCGCCAUUCUCUCUCUUUCUCCUCUCCGCCGUCCACACCUCAGCUUUGUCUUCCAAAUCACUCCUCCAACCCCAUUCUCUCUUCCCUUGCACCAAAACCCAUCAACCCGUUUUCUCUCUCCCCUCCAAUACUAGAUCCCACCAAUCCAUCUCCGUCGUCCACGCAGCGGAACCUGCCAAAACCCUAGUCAUCACCAAAAAGACUCCCAAAUCAUUUGCACCACCGUCCACGGCGGCGCCAUCAAGGAAAUGGGCAGUUGACAGGUGGAAAUCCGAGAAGGCUUUGCAACUUCCAGAGUACCUAGAUGAAGCUGAGCUUGAAUUUGUGCUUAAGACCAUUGAAGCCUUCCCUCCAAUCAUUUUUGCCAAUUAUGCGAGGAGUUUGGAGGAAAAGCUUGCUGGUGCGGCGUUGGGGAAUGCUUUUUUGUUGCAAGGAGGGGAUUGUGCCGAGAGUUUCAAGGAGUUCAGUGCUAAUAAUAUUCGUGACACUUUCAGAAUAAUUCUUCAGAUGAGGGUUGUUCUUAUGUUUGGUGGACAAAUGCCUAUUAUUAAGGUGGGAAGAAUAGCGGGUCAAUUUGUCAAGCCGAGAUUAGAUCCAUUGGAGGAGAAGAAUGGAGUGAAGCUGCCAAGUUACAAGGGAGACAAUACCGAUGGUGAUGCUUUUAAUGAGAAAUUGAGAAUUCCGGACCCUUAAAGGAUGAUAAGGGCUUAGUGCCAAGCUGCGGCAACUCUGAACCUUCUUAGAGCCUUUGCAACUGGAGGUUAUGUUGCAAUGCAGAGGGUCACACAGUGGAAUCUUGAUUUUGUGAAGCACAGUGAGCAAGGAGAUAGGUUUGUAUAAGAA